ACAGAAGGCGGUGCUUAUUAUCCAACAUGGCGGUCUAGAUGUGGUUCUUUGGCCUGUAGGAAGAAGACCAGAGAGAGCUAAUUUCCCCACUUCUUUUGUUUUGUUGUCGCGAACUUGGUGGAAAAACACACUCGUGUCUGAGAUAGAAUAAAAUGGACAUGAAGAAGAAGGUCAACUUGGAGCUGAGGGACAGAAGUCCAGCUGAGGUGUCUAUGCUGGCGGUGGACAAGUGCCUUUCAAGCGAUGGUGAGGUCCAAGGAGUGACGGAGGAGUUCAAAGGUCUGGAGGUUCUCAGGAUGGUCAAUGUGGGCCUCAAGUCGCUGUCCAAACUGCCAUCACUCCCCAAACUACACAAGCUGGAUGUGAGUGAUAACGCCAUCUGUGGUGGUUUGGAGGCACUGGCCGAGAAAUGUCCCAAUUUGGCUGACAUCAACCUGAGUGGAAACAAGAUCCGCGAAGUGGGCGCCAUCGAAGCUCUGAAAAGUCUGAAGAACCUGAAGACCUUGGACUUGUUCGGUUGCGAGGUGACCACGCUGGACGACUACAGGGACGACGUCUUCCGCCUGCUGCCUCACGUCACGUUCUUGGAUGGCUAUGAUCGCCACGACAACGAGGCACCUGACUCCGAUAACGACCAGGACGAUGGCGCAGGUCCCCACGGAGAUGAUGACGAAGACGAGGAGGACGAAGACGAUGUCUCAGAGGAAGAUGAGGAAGAGGUGGGGCUGUCCUACCUGAUGAAGGAGGGCAUCCAGGACGAGGAAGACGACGGAGACUACGUUGAGGAAGAAGAGGAUGAGGAGGAUGAAGAAGAUGGAGACGAAGAGGCGGUCCAAGGGGAGAAGAGGAAGAGAGAUGACGAUGACGACGGAGAUGACGAUGACGAAUAGUUGAAGACCCCGCCCACCAUUUGGGUGGCUCCGCCUGCUCAGAGGGACAGUGAUCAGCUGGUCCUGGUCUGUGUGGGUCCUGGUCUGUACAUAGAACUUUGAAACUUUGUCCAGUUAAUUUUUUAAAAUGUUAGUUUUACGGCAGCAUCGUGUGAUCACAUGACAUGGUUUUGGAAUAAAAGCGAAAGAAUGACUU